GGAGUAAGUCCAACUGAGUAGAAUUGUCUGAGAGCUUCACCAAAUCAGUGAAAUCACCCCUCAGCUCAAUUUUUUAAGCACAGCAUGAAUCAACUUAACAGUGAAAGCUUUUAACACAGAUAUUAUAUUCAUCAAGGAACUUUUAUGAAUAGUUCCUGUGACAGUUCUAGAGGUAUGACUCUUUCCUCACUUGUUCUUGCUCACUUUUCCCAAUAGCUAUUGAGUGCAUUGGUUGGAGAGAGUUAACUGUUUUAUAUAUAGAGUGUGAUGGAAUUAUUUCUGCAUUAGCUUUGCUAUGUCUAUGAGGCCAUUAUUUUUUGUUUUGUCUUAUUGCUGAGUAAAUUAUUAGGUUUAAGAUAAAAUGGUAUCAUUAUUAUUAGUGGCCAUUUAUGUGCACAGAAGCACACCAAAGAGGAAACUGAAAGCUAUAGUCAUAAGUAGGGGAAUUAUAUUUCCCCUAAUCACAGAAUCCUGUGAGUCCUAAUACAACCAUUCACAUCCUGGUGGUUCUUCUCUGCCAACCUAUGUAAAUACUGAAGUAAGGGUGUCAGCCCAGGAAGGGAUAUAUACUAUAUAUGAGAGAAAAGUAUCAUUACAGUGCGGAUGGCCACCCCAUGAAUGAAUUACAUCCCCUGCCCUUUUUUCUCUCAUUCUUUUUUCUUUUUUCUACCUCCUGUGCAUUUAAAUAUUCCUUCUUCUUCCUUCCUAUUCACCAAUCUUUCUUCCUUCUCUUGUCUCCCUUCCUUUUCUCCUGUUUCUUCCUUUGCUUUUCUUCUUUCCCUCUCUUCUCUCCUCCCCCAAUUUCUCUUCUCCUUUACUUUCCUUCUCUCCUUCCCCAGGUUCUCCUCUCUUUUGCUUUUCUUGUUCUUUUCUUUCUCUCCUCUCCUAGUUUCUCCUCUCCUUUGCUUUCCUUCUCUCAUCCCCCCAUUUCUCUUCUCCUUUGCUUUUUUUAUUCCUUUCCUUUUCUCCUCCUCCAGUUUCUCCUCUUUUGCUUUUCUUGUCCCCUUCCUUCUCUCCUCCCCGCAGCUUCUUCUCUCCUUUGCUUUUCUUGCUCCUUUCCUUCUCUCCUUCCUCAGGUUCUGCUCUCUUUUGUUUUUCUGGUUCUUUUCCUUGUCUCCUCUCCUAAUUCCUCCUCUCCUUUGCUUUCCUUCUCUCCUCCCCGCAGUUUCUUCUCUCCUUUGCUUUUCUUGCUCCUUUCCUUCUCUCCUUCCUCAGGUUCUGCUCUCUUUUGUUUUUCUGGUUCUUUUCCUUCUCUCCUCUCCUAAUUUCUCCUCUCCUUUGCUUUCCUUCUCUCAUCCCCCAUUUCUCUUCUCCUUUGCUUUUCUUGCUCCUUUCCUUCUCCCCUUCCUCAGGUUCUGCUCUCUUUUGUUUUUCUGGUUCUUUUCCUUCUCUCCUCUCCUAAUUCCUCCUCUCCUUUGCUUUCCUUCUCUCACCCCCCAUUUCUCUUCUCUUUUGUUUUUCUGGUUCUUUUCCUUCUCUCCUCUCCUAAUUCCUCCUCUCCUUUGCUUUCCUUCUCUCCUCCCCGCAGUUUCUUCUCUCCUUUGCUUUUCUUGCUCCUUUCCUUCUCUCCUUCCUCAGGUUCUGCUCUCUUUUGUCUUUCUGGUUCUUUUCCUUCUCUCCUCUCCUAAUUCCUCCUCUCCUUUGCUUGCCUUCUCUCCGCCCCGCAGUUUCUUCUUUCCUUUGCUUUUCUUGCUCCUUUCCUUCUCUCUCCUUCUCCAGUUUCUCCUCUCUCUCCCUCCACUUUCUCUUAGGCAUUUUAGGUGACUUAGUAAAUAAAACUUGGGUUUGAAUGCUGUCUUAUACCCCAGCCAAGUCUUUCAGACUCUCGGGAGUCUGACCAUUCUGACCAACUUUUAAUUAUAAUUAUCACACCCACACCCACACAUCCACCCCAGCGGAGGCACCAGCUCCGCCCCGGGGAGCUCUCUGCCUUCAGGGACCAUUGAUUUACACUUCCGGUUUCUCACAGUACCAUCCCUUAAACCCGCCUUUCGCUGACAUUAACCACGCCCACACCUCCGUGGCCACGCCCCCAUCGGAAAUUUUCUCCCCCCCUCCCCCUGGCAGCUUAACGUCAGUUAC